UCCUUUUCGGUCGUUCCCAUCAGCCUCAUCUUUUCUUUUCCUCGCCAACAAAACACCACAAAGGAAUCAUCCAAAUCCAUCGCGGUUUUACAUUCGACAAUUGACCCUGGGCCCGUUGCCUUUCUCCGCUUCACUUUCUUUCACGCAAUUGAUAUCAUUACGACCAUAACAUUCAUUCUUAUCCUCGCGUUCGUCUCCUUUGCCUUUCCUGGUUGUGUACCGCGUUUUCCAUGAACUAUUAUUUGCAUCUUUGACGCCUGGAAUGAGCGGGCAGAUGUGGCCAGCUCUGCUGACAAUAUCCGCAAUCGAUUGAGUAUAAAGCCUCUCCUGCGGAUGAUCCUGAGCCAGAUGCACUCUCGUUUUCAAAUCCACCUGCAACUAUCUAGCCAUUCCUGCGCAUAGACCCGACUCGUUCCACCGGCUGCUGAGCGACCUGCCUGGAACCCCCCACCAUAAGCGCGCAGUUCCCAAUAGGGCUAUAUCUCUUUUUGUUUCCUUUAUUUUCUUAUGGACACAUCGAUCUUGUGCAGCCGGCUGUUUACCUCACCCGUGUCGAGGCUGAGGAGCCAGAGCUCAAGCCAAAUUGUGCUGCAUGGCCAUCUCGAUAUUCGACAGACCCGGGUCCCUGACUCAACAGUGCAUUCCCAUGCCUAACCUUCAAAAGACUCCUCCGUCAAAGCGGAGCAUGUGGCAUCGAUUUCGGUUUCCAUGGAUGCCAAAGAGCAGCCGCCGUUCAUCCUCCGGCGGAUCUCGAAGUUUUCGUGAUGCCACUUGUUACAAUAAUGAGAACAGCGACGUCAGCAGCCAAAGCGACAACUACAACAACAAUAAUCGUCCCCGGCCAGUAUCGGGCGGAGUUGAAGUGGGCCUGCCUCGCCAUACAACAUUCAAGCGACAGAAUUCGGAACAGCGGGAGCGCCUUUACCCCACUGAAGCAGGAUGUCGUCGAGCGCUUUCCGUGGACGCACGGCGAGCCAGAAGCCGCCAUCGAACCCGAUCACCACCGCCAGUUCGCGCCGCACGAUUGUCAGCGCCAGAGGUGCAAUAUAAUGAUCAGGAUCUCACCAUUCCUUCGUGGGUGGAUAACUCACCGUUACAUGCGCCGAACCAAUAUGGGUAUGGAACUUAUACUGAUGGUACCUUCUCUGUAGAUGGAGAGGAGGCGGAAGACAUGCUGGAGAAGGAGAUGGAUAGUAGAUGGAUAUUGAAUUUGAGCAUGCACUUUCGAGAUCGUUCUGAGCGAGAAAAGUUUUUCGUCACUUACGCAGAGACCCCGAAUAGAUGGCUGAGAGUUACCGUAUCUUGCGAUUACCGAAAUGCCGAACCAGAGUCCCUGGAACGGGACCUCAAAAAACUAUACUACCAACGGGACAAGAAUGCUCGGAUAUACGAAUCGAUCCGUGACUCUCUGCCUGAAAUCCAGUUCUAUGACACCGUCACCAACCUCAGAUUAGAAACCAGGGAGGGUCGGCUUCAUGUUCACGUCACCGAGGAUAUGAAUGAGAUCAUUCCUUAUCCGCCGAUAUCUACCAUUGAAUAUCUGGGAUUGGAUUUGGUCCGCGAGAGCGACCUUUCCUUUGUUUCUCAUUUGUCUGGAUUUGCUUACCAAGUGAAACUAGAUGGGAAGGACUACGUGAAGAAAGAAAUUCCAGGGCCGGAUAUGGUCAAUGAGUUUCUCUAUGAAAUUAACGCUCUUCAUUCCUUGAUCGGUUCCCGAAGUGUCAUCCAGCUUAAAGCUAUCGUUGUGGAUGAUGAUAUGUUUACCACCAAAGGUCUUUUAAUCAACUUCGCAAAAAGGGGUUCCUUGGUCGAGUUGAUCUACGACUAUAAAGGAACUAUUGAAUGGUCCAGGAGAACUCGUUGGGCCCGACAAAUUAUCGAAGGCCUUGCCGAAAUCCACGAAGCUGGUUUUGUUCAAGGAGAUCUCACCGUGUCGAAUAUCGUCGUUGACGCCAAUGACGACGCAAAAAUUAUUGAUAUCAAUCGGAGGGGUUGUCCCGUGGGGUGGGAGGCUCCGGAAUUUACGAAGCUACUACAAAGCAAGCAAAAGAUAUCAAUGUACAUCGGGGUUAAGUCUGACCUAUACCAGCUAGGGAUGACGCUUUGGGCGCUUGCUAUGGAAAUAGAUGAACCUGGCAGCCAGCCUCGACCAUUCAUCAUCCCAAUCGAUAUGAAAGUUCCUGACUACUACCGAACCAUUGUUGACAUUUGUCUAAGUACAAGUCCUCAGAAACGACUUCCAGCCAAAGAAUUACUUGGCUUAUUUCCUCAGGAUUCAACGAUUGUACCCCAGGAGCUUGCAGCGAGCAGCUUAGAGGCUCUGGUACUUCCUCCGGUGGAAAUUCCAGAUGAUUGCGGAUACCAGGAUGAUAGCCCUUCUAUAUGGAAUCACGAAUACCUGGAGCAACCUGCUAACGAUAUUAAAUUGACUAGUGGACCUAAAUCGCUACGUGACUCGGAAGACGUAAUAUUCUUCGAUCCGUGCAUCGAUCACGGGCCGCAACGCUUCCCUUCGGAAUUCAGAGAGCUGAAUGGACAAUUUGGAGAAUUCCAUAUUGGGGACAAUCCACUUGAGUUUCCUACUAAAGAGGGUAGUAUCGAACUGGAAUCCCCCUCGAGGGCUGGUCUAUGCUCAGAAAUGCAUAACACUCUAGCGUUUGAAAGUUCGUUGGACGAAAUAUACUCAGGCGUCAAACCGCCUAUCUCGUGUGGUAUUAGGUGCAGUAUAAUGAUGCCUAACGACCAGAACAGCGAACCGCAAUUACGUGAGGAACUUACCCCCUCCCAUGAUGGCGUUGAGAGCGAUGGACAGAAAAUAUACCACAUCCCUACUGAGGUCGUCGAAAUGACUGAGCCACUAGUGCAACAUACACCCUUUUCCCAAAGCUUCUCAAGUAUCUUACUUGAGUCAUCGUUACCCAUAAAUCCUGCAUUCCCUCUUUCAAUUGUACCAAAGGAUAUCAGGCAUUCAAAUCCAGAUUCUGAGGUCCCAACUCCCACAGAAAUGAAUUCCCCGGAUUCCCUAAUGGACUCUUCCAGGCAGCAGGAUACCGGAAGUGGGCGUGGUGAUAGCCUGCUUAUAUCGAAAUUGCCCAUUAACCCAGCUUUUAAAGACCCCUCUGAACUAGAACAGCAGGAUGACGUGCCCAUUGAGUUAGAGCUGUCAGUGAAUCUGGCUGUCAGCUCCCCUGAGCCAGUGAAGCAGGAUGAUCUGCUUUUUACAUCAAAGCUACCAAUUAACCCGGCCUUUAAGGAUUACCAUCUUGAACAAGAACACAAUAGCCACUCAUUUUGUUCCAAUAUUAUUCUGGAUGAAGGCCCCUCAAUCCCCUCAAGGCCAGAUACUCCCACCCUUCAAACGGAAAUCACUUCGCAUCAUGACUUUCGGACGGACGACCUUUUUGUAUCAAAACUGCCAAUUAAUCCGGCUUUUAAGGACUUUAAUUUUGAACAAGAACAACGGAAUAGCGGUUCAUUUUGUUCCAAUAUUAUUCUGGAUGAAGGCCCCUCAAUCCCCUCAUGGCCGGAUACUCCCGCCCUUCAAACAGACUUCAUUGGGCAACAUAACUCUCGGACGGACGACCUUUUUGUAUCAAAGCUGCCAAUUAACCCGGCUUUUAAGGACUUCCAUUUUGAGCAAGAACCGUGGAAUAGCAGUUCAUUUUGUUCCAAUACUAUUCUGGAUGAAGGUCCCUCAAUCCAUUCAAAGGCCGGAUACCCCAGCCCUUCGAUCAGAGCUAACUUCACCACAUAACUCUCGGACGGACGACCUUUUGUAUCUAGGCUGCCAAUUAACCCAGCUUAUCAUACAGUUUUAGGAAUCCCCCUGAAACUUCCAUUCUCUCUCGGGAUUCCAAGGAGUCUCCAGUGAUAUCCCCUAUGGUAUAUGUUCUUUCUAACCCGAAAGAAAUUUCAAGGCCACAACGGUAUGAAACUGGUCAUUCUGGAGACCUUUUCCAAUCGGAAUUGCCGAUUAAUCCGGCCUCUAAGGAUCCUGUCCAACGAGAACUUCCAACCAACUAUCCUGACAGAGCUCUGACGGUGUUCUUUGAUACCCGAGAGUGCCUAGUGAGGAAGUUACAACCUUUAGCAAACAUAUUUGUCUCAUAGGCUGCCAAUUACUCGGGAUUUCCCAUCUUGCAUAUUCUUUCCCAUUCGUGAAAGGAUGGGUACGGACGUUACAACUAACCCAUGUUUUUGCCAACAAUUGAGCCAGCUCGACUAAAACCCAGGGUUCCACUCCUCGUCCUACUCAACAAACUUACCUGAGAGGAACCGUUACGUUACAGGAUUCUUUUAUUGUCCAUCCAACGGGUGGAAACGUCAGCUAUGCUCUGUUCCAUGUACCACUCUACCAACGUUACUCAGUUACUCAGUUCCGACUUUCUGUGUUCUAGCGUUUAACACUCUACAUUUCCAUUUCGGCAACGAACCCAGUUUUAUUUAACGACAGCAUGUUUAGACACAUUGGUAUGAAGAAAAUUUUUCCGAUGUUUGGGAUGGUAAGGGGUCAAUCAUAGUUUUACUUCUGUUAAUUUGUUUGUGAUUUCAUUCCGAUUUUAUUUUAUUUUUUGGUUUUGGACUUAGUUUGUGUUGCAGCUUUUCGUUCUGAGGCACAACCGUUUUGGCUUCCGGCGAGGGUUUAUUUUUACGUACAAAAGCAUUGUUGAUUGGUACCUGAAUGUUUGGCAAAAUCUUUAUUGUGUUCUUAUUCUUUACCCCACUUGUUUCUUGAUGUACUGUACUUUCUACCUUCUUUGUUUUCUUUGACAAUGCGGAGUUUUCCCUGGCGUUUUGACAGUAACGUGUUUCUCUUCCCGUCGAAAUAAAAAAAAAUUCCCUUACAUCGCUUUUGUAUCUUUUGAUAUUUUUCGCAAGUUCGAGGCUUUCUCAUGCAUGGUUUGUCACUUCUUAUUGUUUUUGCACGCCCUUUCCGGAAUCCAAUCACGCCCCUGGCAGACGAGUUCGGGGGAUCGCUCCAUUCCACAAAAAGUGGGAAUAACCUUCGCUUUGGGCGCGAGCCGUGAAAGUAAGUGGCUAACAGCAUGACUCCCGCGCAGGUGACUCAAGAUGAGAAAACUAACAUUUUCCCAGUCGCCUGUAGGAUCCCUGUGAAUGCACAUCAUCAUUAUUAUCAGGAAUGACUCCUAACGCUACACAACUCAUAUUACAAUUCCCCUUAGUCACAUUCCAAAAUUUGCCUCGUCCAACCCCCGCAUCGUCGGACGAAUAACGGGUGUCGGCCGCCCUCAAUUAUCAUUUCCCGGAUCCUUGCAGCUUUUCGUGCUGUCAAUCUCUAUCCUCCCCUCCUCCCAUCCAGUUAUUCAACAACGUGGUGAAUCUUUUCAAAAUUCGACAGAUCGAUGUGCUGUCCUCCGAGUGAUACCCUUCCAAUCAUUCUUUCAAGUGCUAUUUACCUUUCUCCAUAACGAUAACCAAACAUUUUAAACUAGCCAUUCUCGAGAUUGGGCCUUUCGCCUUCACUCUGUUGCCUUCUUCGUUUAUUCACGUUCAUGUUUCUCCUCUCCUCUUCCUUUCUGUUUUCGUUGGAUUUGUCUUUUUUCCCUUUUUUUUUUUCUUUUUCUUUUUUCUUUUUUCUUUUUUUUUUCUCUUCCUGUUUUCAUCGCCGGUAGCAAUUGCCGUGCAAGAUUUCACGAUGUUAUGAGCUAUGACAUUUUUAUAUUUUCAUUCGCAUUUUUAACCAAUUUUUAAUAAGAUCUGAAGCUAUUUUUUUCCAUUUUUUUUUCCAUUUCAUCUCUCUCACCCCAUUUUAUAUACCUUCUGGUUACUGAAACGACGCUUUUGUGUCAUGGAACCGACAUUUCGUUCGGAGAGAGAAAGAAAGAGCCUAACCUUCGACAGCGCGGGACAAAGCUCUUAUGGAUAUCUGUAUUUAGGAGCUAUGAUUGAAAGUUAUAGUAUGAAGAUUGUAGUCAGACAAUCUUUUUGUAUGAAAUAUGAAUUCUUCCAUGCGACGGGAUUCAAGGUCUGGACCUACCAACCAGAGCCGUAAACUGCAUUUCCCACAGCAAUCUGUGUAUUGGAAGCCCCAUUGCUUGGGUUCAGAUGACUUCUGUCCAGCCAGUACCUUUUGCAUGAGAUAUUUCUGUCGGACUAACAGUGCCACAGAGAUGGUGCACACAUAAAUUAGGCAUUAGACCUCACUUUCAUUUUGCCCCUGACAUUCUAACUCGGAUAAUAAACCCGUUGACACGGCGUACAGCGAUUGUGUAUAAAUGUCCGACAUAAUCGCUGUCUAGACUCUAUAGUUAUCGGGUUAAGCCAUAAUUACUCAUCCGCUAAAUAUCUCCCGGCACGAAGGAAGUGAAGAAGUGGAAAAGUCCGCUUCCCUCAACUGCUAACAGUAAACUUAAGUAAAAGGUUGAUAUGGGGCAUCUAUCCAAACUCUACUUCCAUAUACAUACACCCCGGUAUAUUUCACUGCCCGAAUCCGCAAACAUCCCAGCGCCAUAAUCAAUUUCCUCAAUGAAAAAAUAUAGCGAAUUUGCGGUCAAUAGAGGAAGUAGUAAGAGGGGGGAAUCGAAUAGCAAGAAGAAAAAGCCCAGGAAUAUCAUCAUUUGGGAAUAUCCGCUCAGAACGAAAUAUGUAGAGACAAACCAUAAAAGGAAGACAAGAACGAGAAAGUAAACAAAGAAAAUAAAGGAAUCAAGAUAUACAUCUGCAAACGGUACAUCAUGUACACCCAUCAAUAAAGGGGAUUAUAUAUUCUGGAAAAUUAGACGCCGGCCGAAAGGUUCUCUUGAGUAAAGGAAGUUAUAAACAGAACGUAUAAUUAACCGUAGUAGCCUGG